CGAUUCUUCGGAUGUACUGGUCAGCCUAGUAACUGGCUCAUUUUCUCUCUUCUUUCGGGUCCAAACACAGCGUUUGAUGGAGCUUUCUUACCAGACCCUUAAAUUUACGCAUCAGGCACGGGAAGCGUGCGAGAUGAGGACAGAAGCACGACGAAAAAAUCUUCUCAUUUUGAUUUUGCAUUACUUAACACAAGAAGGAUAUAUCGAUGCAGCCAAUGCUUUGGAGCAAGAAACCAAACUGGGGUUACGGCGCUUUGAAGUUUGUGACAACAUUGAUCUUGAAACUAUUUUGAUGGAAUAUGAGAGCUAUUAUUUUGUAAAAUUUCAGAAGUACCCGAAAAUUGUCAAAAAGGCAUCAGACACAGCAGAAAAUAAUUUACCACAAAGAAGUGGAGGGAAGACCAGAAGGGUGAUGAGCGACUGUUGCCAAAAUCUUCCCCAGAUCAAUCAGCAGAGGCCACGGUCCAAGACCACAGUGGGGAAGACAGGAGACGCCAAAUCUCUCCAUAAGGAGAAUCCCAAACAGGAUGUUAUCAAUAACAUUCAUAUGGAGAAUGCCGACUUUGGCUUAAAUGUAUCAGGGAUCAACAGAGGCAGUGGAGAAGAAAAUGCCCACCCACGAAGAGGCCAAAUCAUUGACUUCCACGGGCUGCUCACAGACGCUACCAAAGGAGCAAGCAGCGAUCUAGCCUUGAACAGCUUCGACUGUAACCCGGACCCCUCCGAACGAUUGCUGAAACCUCUGAGUGCAUUUAUUGGCACCAACAGUGAGAUGCGAGAAUUGGCAGCCGUGGUGAGCCGGGACAUUUAUCUCCAUAAUCCAAACAUAAAGUGGAGUGACAUUAUUGGACUCGAUGCAGCCAAGCAGUUAGUCAAAGAAGCAGUUGUGUAUCCUAUAAGGUACCCACAGCUGUUCACAGGGAUUCUUUCCCCCUGGAAAGGACUGCUGCUCUACGGCCCUCCAGGUACUGGAAAGACUUUACUGGCCAAAGCUGUGGCCACUGAAUGCAAAACUACCUUCUUUAAUAUUUCUGCAUCUACCAUUGUCAGCAAAUGGAGAGGGGAUUCAGAAAAACUUGUUCGGGUGUUAUUUGAACUUGCCCGCUAUCAUGCCCCCUCCACUAUCUUCCUGGACGAGCUGGAGUCGGUGAUGAGUCAGAGAGGCACAGCUCUUGGGGGAGAGCAUGAAGGAAGCCUUCGGAUGAAGACCGAGUUGCUGGUGCAGAUGGACGGGCUGGCGCGCUCAGAAGACCUCGUGUUUGUCUUAGCAGCUUCUAACCUGCCAUGGGAGCUGGACUGUGCCAUGUUGCGCCGCCUGGAGAAGAGGAUUCUGGUUGAUCUACCCAGCCAGGAGGCCAGGCAGGCCAUGAUCCGCCACUGGCUGCCCCCAGUGAGCAAGAGCAGAGCCCUGGAGCUGCGCACAGCGCUGGACUACAGCAAGCUGAGCCAGGAGAUGGAGGGCUAUUCAGGCUCAGACAUUAAGCUUGUCUGCAGGGAAGCAGCCAUGAGGCCUGUGAGGAAAAUCUUCGAUGCACUUGAAAGCCACCAGCCAGAGAGCAGCAAUUUACCUCCGAUCCAGUUGGAUACCGUGACCACUGCCGACUUUUUGGAUGUGCUAGCUCACACCAAGCCUUCUGCAAAGAAUCUGACUCAAAGAUAUUCAGCCUGGCAAAGAGACUUCGAGUCUGUUUGAAAUCAUAUUUAAUCUGACCUGGCCACAAAGGCAACCAGCCACAGAGGUCUCCUGGUUUAAUAGUGUAAGUGAGAGAACAACAUAAUAAUUGGAAUGGAAAAGAAAAAUUUAUUUUUAAGGACUGGAUUAAUUUGGACAACUCUGUUGUUUUAGAAAUCUGAGCUAUUUUCCUGAAUUUUUCACAAUAAAUGUCAGCAAAAUAGUGAAAAUUUUAAUUACAUGUAUAAGUGCUAUUGGGUCAUGCAGUGGAGAUUUUUCUCACAGACUGAAGAUUUUGAUGAACAAUUUCCUGUGGUGUUCCUUGUUUGUGAGCUGGUAUCUUUAUUUUGAAGAAAAAGAUGUCGUUAGAGAAGUUGUGCAGGAAUGCACAGGGUGGCUCUGAGUUGGGGAAGUGACUAAAGCUGAGCUUGACAGACCAUCUGACCAAGUAAUAGAAUUAAGGGUAGAUAAGGGUGGGAACAGGGAUGCUUCUCAUUCUUGACAAUUUUCUGAAUUUCAUCAGUUCUCCCUAAUUCUGACCACAGCCAGCUUCAUCGGUAGCAAACCCCUCCCACACUAAGCCCCACUGGAAAAUGCCACUGACCUCUCUCUCUAGAGAUGAGUAUUUUGACUGAGUGUUUCCAUGAGGCAGAUUUAUAGCUAAACCCUGUUUUCAGCCCUUGAGUCUAGAGCUGUGAGCAGGGAGACUAGCACAACUAGCACAUCAUCGCCACCAGCUAUUAGUUUGAGUGCUUUGAGUUCUAGCC